AUGUUGGUUUUAGCAUCACUUGGUAGUUGGUUACCAUUUGCUAUUAUUGCUAUUGUAAUAAUAGUAUUUUCAAUUCUAUUCACUACACGUUAUCAACAGAAACGAAAUCGAAAUUAUUUACUUACAUGUAUUUGUUCUACUUCAUUGAUUAUUGCUUUACUUACAGCAAGUUUAUUACCAACAGAUGUUAUUCUUGUAUCAUUUAUGAAAAAUUCGAAUGGAACAUUUAAAGAAUGGACACAAAAUCAAACAACGAGAGAUCAUAUUCAAAAAUAUGUUGAAAUUGGAUAUUAUGCUUUAUAUGGUCUUAUUAUUGCCAUGGCUUUUCUUAUCAAUCCAUUCCUGUUUUUCUAUUACGAAGAAAAAGAAGAAGAAGAUCAAACAGCGGCUAAAAGAAUCUGUGGAGCAAUAAAAUGGACAACUGGAUUAUUAAUUUUUCUUAUCAUUCUACUUAUACUUGGAAUAUUUGUUCCGCAAUUGGCUACACUUCCAACGGAUAAUUCUACAAGUGAAUGGGAUAAUGUUAAAUAUUUAAUCAAUCAUUUUGAUAGUUCAAGACUACAAGAUUCAAUAUCAUUUGCAAUAUUUACAUUGAGUAUUAUUGGGUUUUUCCUUCUGACAAUUUAUACAGGUUAUGGAUCUAUUGCUUUUCCAUUAACUCUUAUUCGUGGUAAAAGAAGUGCACGAUUACAACAAGAAACUAUAGAAGAACAACGUGCAGCUAUUCAAAGUCAAAUUCAAAUAAUAAAAAAACGAUAUCCGCGUAAUGUAACAAUGCCACCACGUGACAAACGUAAAUUAGAGGAACUUGAACAAAAAAAUAUAGCCUUAAGUCGUAAUGAAGAAUCGAUAAAAAUUGUUCGUCGAAGUUUCUUUUUUAAAUGUCGUUUUAUUUAUCGACCAUUACAAAUUAUCUUUGGGGUUUUACUACUUUUACUUGCCAUACUUAUAUUUGUAUCACUUUUAUUAAGCAAUAUCAAUAAAUCAAUACAUUUUGUUAAUUUUAAACAAAUAUUUGCUCAAGGAAAUAAAACAUUACCAAAUCCAAUUGACAUUGUUUUAACAUGGACCGGACAAUUUUAUCCAAUGAGUUAUAUUGUUCUAUCAUUAUUAUUAACUUAUAUUAUUGUAACAUCAAUAUUUGGUUUACAACAACUUGGUAUUUGGUAUCUUUGGGUUCGAAUGUAUCGAUUUUCUCGUGGACGAACUAAACCACAAGCUAUAUUAAUGCUUUGUUCAUUAAUGAUGUUUAUUGUCGUAGCAAUUAAUAUAUUUGUUUAUCUUCUUAUACCACAAUAUUCAAUUUAUGGAGAUCAACAUUAUGCUAUUACUGCGAAUAAUGGAACUGUAAUUAUUAAACAAUGUACACAAUAUGUAACAACAGAUCAAUGUCAAAUGACAGUCAUGGGUCGGAUAAUUCUUCGAUUUUUUUAUAAAGUUUGGUUUUUUGGUGCUGUUUAUUUUUGUCUUAGUUGGUUAUAUCUUGUUGUUUUUCUUAUCAGUGGUUUAAUAAAAUUGUUUCGUAAUCGUGAAUCAAAUAUUCAAGAAUUUACAAUUGAACGUUUAUUACAAGAUGAUAAUGACGAAGAAGAUCCAUUAAUUCAAUAA